GGCGGGUCAAGCGCACGGCGACUGGUCGCGGACGAGCACGGUUCGCGUAAUUUAACACAUUCGAUCGCUAGCGCUAGCUGCUUGUUUCUUGCGUGGCGAAUUAUGCGCCAAAGUAUUGUUUUGACAGUUCGCGCGCGGAUGCCGCCGCCGCGUUGUGCUCGUAGACGCCGCGAGUGUAAACAAAUCGUAUUAUGAUCCAUGCGGAUUACGUUAAUAUUUAAUUUAUUGGGUAUUUCGGGUAAUAAAAAGAAAUGAACAUGGCUGAAAGUGGCGUUGAUUUGAACUUUGACAUCGAGCUGCAGGAUUUGCAGGAUCUGAUUGAUUUCGAUGAGUUGUUGGGUACACCAAAGAAUAAGGAGUUUUACGAGCUUAAGUCCAAAGCGAUGACGCUUAAUGAAAGUCCGCCAACAUUAAAAACAGCAACAACCUCGCGAACCCACCUCAAACUUCAACUAAUGCGCGAGCAGGCAAUGCAAGAACAAGAACGCAAAAUAGCCCGAGAAAGAGCCGCACGCAUCCAAGAAAAACAACAGCAAUCCUCCCCAUCAACACCGCAAUCACUCCGUGUACCCCUGCAUCAAAUCGGCGUUGAUGUGCCGCCACAGAUAUUGCAAGUUCAAACUAAAUUGGAGAACCCUACACGGUAUCAUGUUAUGCAAAAGCAACGCAAUCAGGUCCGACAGUAUCUUAACGAGUAUCAACAAAACGCCAGCAGUAAUACAAAUACCAAUAUCUUGUCGCAAAGCUGCGCGCCGCAAAUACAAGGGAUGGGAAAUGGUGAUGGUGUGAAUUUGAAUUUGAACGUCCAGGGUUAUAUCCCGCUGACGCCGACGUCCACAACAGCGCCAAAUGAUGUUUUGCAGUCGAAUAUUGUGACUAACAAUGGGUUGUCAUAUGGUAACCGAUCGAUUAGUCCAGGGAUCCCUGGGGAUGUACAUAUUAUGUCACCGGCGUUAAGUUCGGGAGCUACCAGUGCUUCAGAGGCAGACGAGCUGAUCGACGAUCUGUUUUGUCUGGACAAUUCGUUAGCGUCGGACAGCUUCAAGAACUCGGAUAAUUCGCUGACGAGCGCCGAUAUCAGCAUAAAAAAUGAACCGUUUUCUUAUUCCGAGACGGAGCUUCAUGCUCUGGCGAAAGACCGACAGAAGAAAGAUAAUCAUAAUAUGAUCGAACGACGACGAAGAUUCAACAUAAACGACCGAAUAAAAGAACUUGGGACACUGCUACCGAAGAAUAACGAAUCUUAUUAUGAAAUUGUCCGUGAUGUGAGGCCUAAUAAAGGUACCAUCCUCAAGUCUUCAGUGGAGUACAUAAAAUGUCUGAAGAGUGAAGUCCAUCGGCUGAAACAAAAUGAAUUGCGUCAGAAGCAGAUCGAAAAUAUGAAUCGUAAACUCCAACAGCGGAUACAGGAGUUGGAAAGUCAAGCGAAAUGCAAUGAAUUAGCCGACGAUUUCAACUGGCAUCAAAGCGGCACCUCCUCCACCUCAUUGUACAAAACCUACCUGAAUAGUCAACUCAAUCAAGCGACGCAGGACUCCAUUAUGUCUACGCUGCUUAUGCCUGAUCCUAGCAGAAGAUCAAGUCUUCACAUGCCUGACAUUAUAUCCGAGGCAACCCUAAGCAUCGCCGCAAUGGAUGAGUUGAUGGACGACGACGAACAACCCGUCAACGGUGUUCAUGGCGAUCCAAUGUUAGCUUCUCCGCAAGCAUUACCCGGGGAUGCACUGCUCGCAUCACCCUCACAUCCGGUGCACGCUUGUGACCCGCUGAUGAUGGAGCCGCGCCUGCCUACGCCAACGAGCCACAUUGACCCGGUGGACGGCGACAGGCUUGACAUCGAGAUGAUUGCAUGAUACACGCUCGCACAAUUGUUACCACGGCUAACAAUUGCGCGCGCGACCACCAACACACCACCGACUCACACCUCACGUGUUACCACCACCAGCCACCGCACGGCACUCGCGGGUAGCAGCAGAUCCUAUUAAGUUUUCGUAUUUUAUUCAUUACAUUUUUAUAUAUAUAUAUUAUAAUAUAUAUCAUAACAGACAACGUUUGCGGACGUUUUGCAAAAGCUAGUGAUUGCUUCAGUAAUUAGUCGAUUAGUGAUAUAUUUGUACGAUGUUAUUCAUGAGUUUAGCGUUGAUAAGUUACCAGAGUUUGAUUGUAGAAGGCGGUAAUUUUACUCAUACCUCAGCAGAAACCACCACAACCACCACACGAUAAAAUGGUAGAUUGGUACAUGUAUAUUUAUUGAUUAGGUCGCAAUGUUUGCAAUGAUUUCAAAGAUGUUGAUAGAGAGAGCGUGUAUAUUUUUAUGCAAAGAGAAUGCAAGAGUUGUUGAUUAUUGUUAUCUGAUGGUUUUAAGAUGAUUCAGAAUGCGUCUCAGUAUUAUUCACAAGCAAUAUUCAUCUGUAGCAUGAUUAAACCAAACUGUGACUUCCUUUUAGAAAAAAAAUCGAUAUCUAUUUGACUUAUUAAAAAGUUGUUUACAUUAUAUUA